UCGCUCACCGCUCACUCUUUUUCUGGCACCUGGUACAAACCAAAACAACUCUCUUAUCAACAUUGCGAAAUAGCAAAUCUAUAAAAAAACAAAACUAUUUCCAUUAAAAUAAAAAAAAACCGAUCGAGUUGUUGAGGCACACCGAUUAAGUAGAUUUUUAGAGUCGAAGCAUGUUUUACGAUCCUUCAACAACGUCGCAUCGAAUCUGCAUUAAAAACCUUGCACCUGGUGCCAACACAUACCAAUUAAAAGAAGAUCUAACCGCUCAUUUUGAGAAGUAUGGAAAAAUACUCGGUGUUAUGUGCCAACCAUCCUACACAUUAAUUCAAUAUGAGAAGGAAGAAGCUGCAUCAUGCGCUGUUCAGAUGGAAAACAACACAACUUUUCAAGACAGAAUCAUAAGGGUUAUACCUGCGAGACCACCACCACCUCAUAUUGAGGAACAGCAGAGAGACAGGUCUCCUGUGAUCAGAAACCGUUCGCCAGUCAGAAGGGGAAGAUCACCUCCGCGUGGUAGAUCGCCUCCAAGAGGCAGAUCACCCUCCAGAGGACGAUCACCUCCCCGUGGAAGGUCUCCUCCUAAGAGAGGACGCUCACCGCCUCAAAACAACUGGAGGCCACAGCGCUUCCAUGACGAUUAUCCAGACCCGUACUUCAAGUCUCCGAGAUAUGGUUCAGGGCCUCCUGACCCUCCGAUGGAUCCAUUGCCCGCAGUGCAACCGCCCAAAGCUUCCAUUGCUGCCGAGAGAACCAAUGAUGUAGAAAUCCUGGUAUUUGACCAAGAACAAACAAAAUAUGGUGAGUUGAUUGAGCGGAGACUGAAGAACAUUGGUUUGUCUGCCGACAUCUUGUUUCCUAAUCCAGCCAUUCCGAAGGGUCGGUUGCUAGCAAAUAUCGCUUCAAAGGGCACACUGUACGCCAUCACUGUGCAGGAAAUAAACCAAGUCAAAGACAGCUUCACUGUACACAUCCUACAAGGCGACUCUGAAGAACACAAGAACAUCCCGUUUGACCAGGGAAUCAAGCUAAUCACCAUCAACUUUGACAAGUAUAUCCAGAGCGGAGGAAACAGAACAGCGCCUGCUGUUGUGCCCAUGUCUGGAGGCAACAGUUCCAGUAUUCAUCCUGAGGCAAUACAGACAAUGAUCAACCUCUUGCUGCAGAAAAGGCCACUCACCGUAAUACAGUACGACGCCAUCGUCAAGUACCUCGACAAUUUGAAAAAUAAGCAAGCCAAACUUGAACUUGGGGAUGCACUGGAUGUUACUUAUGAUCUUGGAAAGAAGGAAGAAACAGGUGACACAGAGAAUCUUCUCAAGAGCCGUAUUAUGAGCAUCAUGGACAAAACUAUAAACAAGCCAGCAGCUCAAAGUCCCCUGGCCCCCACCCCACUGCCACAGCCAGUCCUCCUACAAUCAGCAGCUGACUUAGCUGCGACGGCCAAACCAAUGUUGCAGGACCCAAACAUACAGAGGGCUUUGGACACUCUCCUUAGUGGCGGAAGUUUGAACUUUUUUAAAUAAUAGUGGCUGACACUGUGCUCAAAUUUAUCAAACCAUCAGACAGUAAAUGUCUAACACUUUUGUUGUAAGUGCGCUCUGUUGUGUGUACUCUCCUUCUGCGUUGAAAAAGAGUCCAGAGUGGAUACUUGACAUUUAAAAAAAUUUCCUUUCAUUUCUUUGAUGCGAAUCUAUACUUUCUCAUUCAUUAUAAGUAUAAGUACCAUAUUAAUAAAUAUUAAAAUAUUUCACUUUGCAAGAGCGAUGUUUGACUAGUGGCGAAGAUUCUCGACAUGUGCUUGACAUUACUUUAACUGGAAAAUCAAUUUCAGAAAUUUUUAGUUUUUUUUUGUGAACCCCGGGAUAAAAUCGUUAAAAUGCUAAUAAGUUCAGUUAAAUUUUAUCUUUA